UGGAGCUCACAGCAGCGGCAACAGCCCUGCCAUGAGGCGGAGACCCGCCGCCGCCGCGCCCAGAGCGGCUCCGUGCUUCAGAAGAUACUAAAGCAACCUGUGAAGAAUCUCCAUGAAGUUGAUCAGCCAUGCAAUGUUCCUGGAAGGCUGUCCUCCUACUUGCUUUGGCCUCUAUUGCUAUCCAAUACACAGCCAUUCGCACCUUCACAACCAAGUCCUUCCACAGCUGCCCUGUACCCAACCCUAUGAACUGCAGCCUGAAUCAGGAGACUGAAUCAGCUGACAGACUUUGUGAUGAAAGCCCCACCUUUGCUUAUAAUCUUUCCAAGAAGACACAUGUCCUCAUCUUGGCCACCACCCGAAGUGGCUCCUCUUUUGUCGGGCAGCUCUUUAACCAACACUUUGAUGUUUUCUAUUUAUUUGAACCUCUCUACCAUGUCCAGUACACCUUGAUUCCAAAGCUGACACAGACCAAGGGCUCCACAGAUAGACGAAUCAUGCUGGGAGCUGGCCGAGAUUUGCUGAGGAGCCUCUAUGACUGUGACCUCUACUUCUUAGAAAAUUACAUUAAGCCCCCACCUGUGAACCAUACAACAGACAGACUGUUCCGCCGGGGAGCUAGCAAGGCUCUGUGCUCCCCACCAGUUUGUGAGACACUGACAACCAUUGAUAUUCCCCUAGAGGAAGGAGACUGUGUGAAAAAAUGUGGCACCUUGAACCUAACACUGGCAACUGAGUCAUGCAAAGAUCAUGGACAUGUUGCUAUCAAAACUGUGCGAGUGCCAGAGGUCAGUGACCUCAGGGCCUUAGUAGAGGACCCCAGGCUUAACCUGAAAAUCAUACAACUGGUGAGAGACCCAAGGGGCAUCCUGGCUUCCAGGAGUGAGACAUUUCGAGAUACUUACAGGCUUUGGCGUAUCUGGGAUGGCACAGGCAGGAAACCCUAUAACCUGGAUGUGACACAGCUCACAACUGUCUGUGAGGACUUUUUGAACUCUGUUUCCACUGGACUAAAUAGGCCACCUUGGCUCAAGGGCAAAUACAUGCUGGUUAGGUAUGAAGACCUGGCCAGGAAUCCCUUGAAAAAGACAGAGGAGAUGUAUGAAUUCCUGGGCAUCCCCAUGGACAGCAAUGUGGAACGAUGGAUACAGAACAACACAAGGGGGGACAGAUCUGCAGCCAAACACAAGUACGGGACGGUCCGAAACUCAGCAGCAACUGCCGAGAAGUGGCGGUUCCGCCUUUCCUACGAAAUUGUGGCAUUCACUCAGAAUGCCUGCCAGCAGGUAUUGGUACAACUGGGUUAUAAACUGGUGUCCUCUGAGGAGGAGUUAAAGAACCUUUCCAUCAGCCUGGUGGAAGAAAGGGACUUCUUGCCCUUCUGGUAACACAGA